AUGCUCCCUGUCAAAGAGGAGAGCCCGGCUGGGACUGGUUUGUCAGGACUGCCCAUUUUUUCUGGACCACGCGCCUCUGCGCAGUCAACACCAGCAUCGACCUUAACGAACGGCUCGCGCUCUGUCCUGACGAAGCCCGAGAGCGACAUCCUUGUCACAGCAUCCGCAGCCGCUGCGACCACUGCUUCCGGCGCCAUCCUGUCCGACACCAUGCCGACGACACCACCCUACAACCCUCACUCUACACCUCCACCGCAGUUUGUUGAUAAUGCGGACUACAUCUCGAGACACGUGGCCACCGCUGUGGCUGCCGACACGCCGACUGCCACACCUCCAGAUGACGGGUACAUGAACGAUGCCGGUUCCAAUGCCGAUAGCGAGUGCCCUGCGCUCGAGGACGAGUCUCCUUAUGACGCGCUAUACCGCGAUUCCGAGUUUGCCGACGACCAGGUACCCGCGUUCGCUCAGCCAGACACACAGUCCACCAUCACCCCGCAGUCAGAAGCAAACCAGUCUCCCCACCCUGAUUCCAUGGUCGGCCGUUCUGGCAAGAUUUGGGACCGUGCUGUCGCAAAAGCUGCAGCCAUUGAGGCUGAUACAGAGAUGACUGAUGCAAUUGCGCAUCUGCACGAAUCUGAGAUACACACCAGCAGCGACCGGCCUGCAAACGACGGAUGGGAAGCGAACCGUGGUAACGACCGCAGCGAAGAUGCGCAAAACGGCGACACGGCAAACGCCGCGACGGCUUUAACAGAGUUGACACCUCCCCCAGCGUCAACUUCUCAGCCAGCAUCUCAGUCGGAGCAGCAUACUCCCUUGCUAGCGACACCAUCGGAAGACAGCAUUGCAACCCGGCGGCCUAUGAGAAUGGCACGACUGUCCAAGGCAGGAGCCUCGGAAUCACCAAAGCCUGCCCGGCGUGCUGUCAACCCUGAUGCCAACACUAUGGUUUCUGCACCAGGGUCCGCACCACGAGCAGCAGGAGAGGCUGCGUCAGCAGCGUCGGCGGGAGAUGACAAGACAUCGUCGGCAGCCAUGCCAGCACGGCGUGCCUCCAAGCGGGUGUCCCUUGCUGCAGCCGCAGCUACAGCCAGCCCAGUUGCAAAGCAGGCAUCGGCCUCGGCGGCAAGACAGGCAGCAAAACCCUCUCCGAAGUCGAAAGGCACUGCAGCAAAGACCGCCAAAGACGCGCCUCUUCCUAUCGAGAGACGGGUUACGCGCCUGUCUGGCCUUCCCACUGACCUGUCCCUUUCCCAAUCCAGCCCUCAGGGUACCGCAUCAGGCAAACGGAGACGGAGAGUGUCCGACAAGCCCACGACUGAAGAACUGCCACGCGAGCUACGACGCCUUCAAGAUACUAAGGAAUUCUCACACGUCGAUAACGAACCAAUUGUCUACACGGUCUGGAGCAACGGUAGGUACGUUCCGGCCAACGCGAAUGGCGAGCCACUGGUCGACAAGAACGCCGCCAAGAAAGCCAAACUCGCCAAGGCUGCCGAGGAAGUGGAGAAGAAGAAAGCCGAAGAGGCUGCGGCUGCCGCGGCCGCGGCUGCCGAGGAGAAGGCCGCUGCUGAGGCCGCGUUGCCUAAGAAGCGCGUCAAGAAAUGGAUGAACCAAGGUCUCUAUGCCGGCAUGCCGACACCGUCCAACCCCGCUGCAGGCCUUACACCCGCUGAACGCAAGGAGCUCGCGAAGCUGCCGGAGCUGUCGAAAAAGUACCCACCGAACAAGACUCUGCCAAUGCCCAUUUACAACGGACUGCGCACCCUGAUUGAGGGCCGCGAUUUCAAGAUGCCGUUCGACGUCUUCAACCCCCUCCCGCCUGGCCAGCCGAAGCCCGUCAAGUAUGGGCGGUUCAGCAAGAACCGCUUUGUUGGUGAGGCCCACGCCAUCUGGAAGAAGAACCCCAACUACGACGACUUCCAGUCCAAAUGCGUUUGCAAGCCAGAGACGGGCUGUGACGAAGACUGCCAGAACCGCAUUAUGCUCUACGAGUGCAAUGACGAGAUCUGCAACGUGGGCCCGGAGCGAUGCAGCAAUCGCGAGUUCCAAAGAUUGGCGGACCGAACUGCUUCAAAGAACCCGUAUCAUAUCGGUGUCGAGGUGUUUAAAACGCUGGAUCGUGGUCAUGGCAUUCGUGCCAGCCGCGGUUUCCGCCCCGGCCAAAUCAUUAUGGAAUAUAUUGGCGAGAUCAUAACGGAGGAAGAGUCCGACCGGCGAAUGAAUGAGCUGUACAAGAACAACGCGAUCGCGCAACAGUGCUACUACCUUAUGUCUUUUGACCAGUCUCUCAUCAUCGACGGAACCAGCGGUAGUAUCGCUCGCUUUGUCAACCAUUCGUGCUCUCCGAACUGCCGCAUGAUCAAAUGGAUUGUAUCCGGCCAACCCCGAAUCGCUCUCUUUGCUGGCGACCGGCCCAUCCAAACAGGCGAAGAGCUCACUUAUGAUUAUAAUUUUGAUCCAUACUCCGCUAAGAACGUGCAAGGAUGUCUCUGUGGAGCUGACAACUGCCGUGGUGUGCUCGGCCCCCGGAAGAGUGAGAAGGCCGUUUCCAAAGCCGCUGCCGAGAAGGCUGCCGCAGAGAAAGCGAGCCAAAAGGCCAAGGGCGCCAAUGGUUCCUCGAAGCGCAAGCAUGAUGCCUACAGUAUGGAUGACGACGUCGACACGGAUGGUGCAACCAGCGACCCGGCGAGCAAGAAGAUACGGGUAGCUGAAGCUCCGCCAAAGUCCCCGAUCCGGCCUGUCAAGAAGCCCACCAAGGCUCCACCACCGAAAAAGGUUGUGACGACGACAAAGGCCGCCCUGGAAGCUUUGGCUGCCAAUGCAGCAAGAAUUGCCCGACUCACGAAAGCUUCGCAUGCUGCGAGAGCUGUGCGGAUCGCGAAGGCCGAGGCUAAGAGAGCGGCCGAGGCCGCAGCAGCAGGCAAGGCUAAGCGCACGAAGGCAAAGACGUCCAAGUCGGCCGCGUCUAAGACAAGCAGUGCUGCAUCCAAGCCUGCCAAGGUCGUAAAGGUAGCCAAGUCCGUUAAAGUUGUCAAGACCGCCAAGGGCCUGAAGGCCUCCAAGUCGUCUGUGUCGAAGGAGGUCAAGACAACGACAAAAGCAUCCAAGACAGCCAAGCCUGCCAAGGCCACCAGAACAACCACAGCUUCCAAGCCCACCAAAGCUACAAAGUCACCGGCACGCAAGCCAGCCGCGUCGCCGACCAAGAAGACCAAGGCCACUGAGACUCGGAAGAAGGCAACGACACCGCCCACCGAUGAUGUUAUGAACAGGGAGCCAAUGACGCCGCAAGCGACGCAAGCAACGCCCAUGGCCCAGGCCGUCGCCAAGGCGGCGAAGGCGGCAGCACAGCUCGCUAAUGCUGCCAUUUCGGCCAAGAAGCCGAUCGCCUCUCGGAAGACUAGCAAGGCCAACAGCAACGCAUAUGCCCGGGCGAAGGUGCCUGUGAAGCCUCUGAAGAAGUUGCAGACGAAGCAAAAGUCCACGGUCACUACGACCAAAAAAGCCGAUGUCACAACCACAACCACGACGACUGUGACCACCACCUCCAGUGACACCAUUGUGAAGCGCGGGCGUGGUCGCCCGCGGCUGGCCACAAAGGAACCCGUCGCUGACAAGCCAAUGAAUGAUGCAGCUGGCGAAGCAGCCGCGAAGUUGAACGAGGUUUCAGAGCAGGCGCCUGUUGAUUUGUUCGCGUUGGACGACGAGGAAGAGCAGCUGGCCACCCAGUUCGCCACCGAGGCCGCUGCAAACACGCACAGAUCUCUUGAUUUCACUGUUGAUGUUUCAAAUGUUGACGAUUCCACACUUGACGAUUCAAUGCUCGAUGACUCCACACUUGAGUCUGGCGAAACAGACGAUGCCUCAUCUCCAGUUCAGGGUGGCCUUGAGCUCAGAAAACCGCGUGUGCGAAAACUGUCAAAGGCGCAGAAGCUCAGAGUCAAGCGCCAGCUGGUGGCCGCUAGGCGCCUUGCCGCCAAGCAAGAUGGAAGCUACAAACCAAAGCGUGGACCUGGUCGCCCUAGAAAAUACGUCAAGAUCGCGGACCUGCAAAGUGACAACGACGACACACCUAUGGCUGAGGCCGGGGCUGAUGUCCCAUCCGAUAUCCUGAUCGAUGCUACAACUGACGCCCCUGCUCCUCUCCCAUCAGCGCCAGCACAUGUUGAAGCAGGCCCGUUGGCGGAGGCAACAACCACGGAAUCUGCGCCGCGGAUCACCAAAACUCGGGUUGAAUAUGGCGUCGCUCGUAGAGCCGAUGUGGAAGAGUUCAAGGCUGCUCGCGCUCGAGCUAGGGCUAGGAUGGAGAGAAUGAAAGUCACGGUCGGCGCCGACGAGAACACACCGCCUGUUGAGCAAGACAAGCAAGAUACACUUAGCCCUCCUCCUGCAGCAACCAAAUCAGCAACCCCGGUUGUUGCACAUGAUGUCAUUCACGUUGCACCUGACAUGCGCGUUCAACCGGUCUAG